AUGAUGGCUAAUGAUGAGAAAAAAUUAGCUAAAUCAUCAUUGAUUUCAUUGGAAAUCGAUCCUGCAAGUAUAUUAAGUUUAUCGAAAGGCGUUAUAUUUGAUACAAUUGUUCAUAAUGUUGAAUAUACAUUAAAUAAUCGACGUACAGAUCCUUUACCAUGGAAACUUGUUGGAAUGUCUCUUAUUUGUGAUCCAAGUCGAAACAAAAAUUAUUUACAAAAACUUCAAAAAAUGCAGUGUGUUAAAUCGGUUAUUCGCACAGAAAUAUAUCAUUCAAAACUUGUAAAAUCCGAUACUGGUCAAUUGACAACACCAGGUCGAAAAAUUAUUCUUGGAGCACCAAAUACACGAUUAACAGGUGUUUUUAUUUGUCGAUCAAUUGAUGAAUUAUUAUAUAUGGAACCUCCAAAUACUGAAAAUGUUCAUAUUGUACAAUAUAAAUUAUUAUGUUUUGAACGUAUUGCAACACGUGAACUUGUGAAUGGACCAAAAUUACCAUCAGUUGGUGAUAGAGUUAUUAAAACAGUUUUUGAUUUUGAAGUAACUCAAAAAGAUGCUUUUCCACGACAAUUGUUACCUGUUGCAAUCAUAUCAUUUUGUCGAGAAAAUAAUGGUGAUUUAUGUUCAACAAUUCGAAAUUUUCUUAAACUAGAUGAACAUAAAACAUUUGAUAAAUCAUACCUUGUAACAUCAACAGAUGCACUAUUAGAUCGUUUACGUGAAGAACAGGAAAGAAAAGAAGAUGCUGAAGCUGAACAAGAAAGACUAUACGAAGCAAUUCAACGACGACAACCACUUGCUGAUUUAUCGAAGAAAAGCACUGAUGUUGGUAACGCUCGACCAUCAUCUAUGCCUGAAGCACCUUUACGUGUACCUCCAUUAAAAAUCAAACUUUCACGUCCAGAAAAACCAAUACAACCAUGUCAUUCCAUUCCACCAAUCGAUUCAAAAUUUAAAUGUUCCCUUAAAUUGGAUCGAGUCAAUUUAUCUUUAUACGAUGUUAUUAAUUUACCAAGUUCAUCAUAUAUAAAACCUAAAAAAUCAACUGAAUCUUCAACAUCAUCAAAUUCAUCACAUAAUAAAACAAAAUCACUUGCUAUUAGUAAACCAUAUGAACAUAAUAAACCAUUGAAACGUUUAAAUACCACAGAAACAAAGAAACAAAUUCCAGCUUCUUCAAAUAUUUCUAAAGAGAAACGUAGUGAUGAAUCAAUAUCUGUUCGUUCAUCAACAAGUGAUAUCAAUGUAUUGUCGGUUAAAAAUAAAAGCAAACAAAGAUCUAUAUCAUCUUCAUCAGGGUCACCAAUAUAUAGACCAAAACCAUCGAUUCAAAGACGAACAGUUGAAAAAUCUACCAAGAAGAAGAUCGUGAAACGACCUAUUUUACCAUCUGAAUAUCGUUGUUCAAUUUCAUUGCCACGAUUAGACUUAUCGAUGUAUGAUCUUGAUUUAUCUGACAUUAAUACUUAUAUUAAUGGCCUUCCUAUCGAUACGAAAUCGAUAAUAACAACAUUAUCAUCGGAUUCAUCGUCAUCAUCAAUAUCAAUAUCAGCAUCAUCUGAACAGCAAACAGAAUCAUCAAAUCUACCGGUCGAAUCAGAGAAUGUUGAAGAUACAAUGCAACCAAUGUUUUUGAUGGAACACGAAAAUCUUCAUGAAUCCGAUGAACAAAAUUUAUUUGAUAUUCAAUCAUUCGGUGAUAUAGAUACAAAUGAAACUUUACCAAAUAUUAUGGAAACAUUUCUAGAACCAGAUCUCAAUGAACCAUUAUCAACUAUGGAUAAUGAAGUUUCAUUACCAUCAAUACACGAAAUUUUAUUCCAGCCUAUUAAUAAAUCACUACUAACUAUAACCGAGGAAGACUAUGCACUUCCUACAGACGACAUUUUAUUCCAACCUCUUAAUAAAUCAUUUUCAAAUAUAACCGAUGAAGACUGUUCACUUCCUACAAACGAAAAUUUAUCAGAAAUGACCACCGAACUUGUAAUAGAAGCGAUCAGUACAGUGUUACCAACUGCUACGGAAGAAGUUCAAUCAAAAAUUUUUAAUGAAAUUCAAUUGAACAGUACUAGCGAAAUUAUAUCAUCUACUACGAAUGAUGUACAAAUGGAAGUUACUAGUCAAGUUAUAGUAUCUACUACGAAUGAUAUUCAGAUGGAGGCUACUACUGAACUCAUAUUAAGUACUACAAAUGAAGUUCCGCUAGUUAUUACGAAUGAAGUUCAAUUAGAAAUCAGCAAUGGAGUUCCAUCAGUUACUACGAAUGAUGUUCCGAUGGAAACUACUAGUGAAAUUUUACUACCGAUUAUGAUGAAUGAUAAUCAAAUGGAAAGUAUUAAUGAAGCUUUGUUACCUGUUAAAAAUGAUGUUCAAAUGGGAACUACUGAUGAAGCUUCAGUUGAUAGUAUUACAGAAGUUUUAUUAUCUACAACAGAAGAAGUUGUACCAGCCGUUUCAAAUUACGAUUAUAUGAAAUCUAUAUCUCCUAUAUCAUAUGAUGGUUUUUCUCCAGAGUUACCACCACUUGAUGAUGAUCCAAUAUUCUCUUCUAUUCAUAAUUCAGAUGUUCCUAUUAUUGAUAAUUUUGAUGCAUGUCCACAAGAUUUUCUUAUUAUUGUACCAUGUUCAGAUGAUGAAGAUAAUUUUGAUGAUGAUGAAGAAUUUCAUGAUAACGAAAAGAAUGUAAAUAACAAUGAUACAGACAAGACAAUUGUCAAUCCACUAUCUAGUCCAAGUAAACAAAAUGUAUCAUCUCUUAUGAACAAUCCAUUAUUAGCACGAGUUUUUAAUAAUAUUAAUCGAUUGGAUUCUGAUCGUUUAUCUAUAUCAUCAACAUCAUCAUCAUCAUGUUCAUCAAUUUCCACAUCUAUGCUUCCCAAUCAAAGUCCUCAAUCACCACUUUCUCUAACUCAAGUAUUACUACCACGAAGAAUUUUAAAUAAAAAACAACAUAAAUCAUCUGAAACAAUAAUUUUUAAUCUAUAUAAUAUAUCUAUACCAUUAGUUACAUGCGAACCAUUAAAUGAUCCACGUUUAACGUAUCGUUUACAAGCGAUAACAACAGAUCUUCGUUGGCCUCUUCCUUGCCAUCAAUGUUCAGUAUCUGAACAAUCUCCACUAUUAUUUUUGUCUCCAACACAAAUAAUAUCAACUGAUAGAAAACAUACGUCUGAUUAUUUUGAUCCACGUCGUGAUUCAUUAAAAAAUGCAAUAUUAAAUAGUAUAUAUGACCGUCUAAAAGCCAUCGUACCAAAUGUAUUCAUAAUAAAUUCGAAUCAAUUUCAAAAACUUUUAUUUGAACAAACAAUAUUUGAUACAAAUUGUUCAUUACAUCUUGCAAAUCUUUUACAUCGAGUACAAUAUAUUGAUGAUACGAAUUUUUUUCAAAUGCUGAAAUUAAAUGGUGAAUUUCAUUUAUCACCUUUUCUCUUACAAAUGAUUUUUAAUUAA